CGCUCCGCCACCAUGGGCUGCUGCACGGGGCGCUGCACGCUCAUCUUCCUCUGCUCGCUGCAGCUGCUGGCAGCAUUAGAGAGACAGAUCUUUGACUUCCUUGGUUUCCAGUGGGCUCCUAUCCUUGGCAACUUCCUACAAAUAAUUGUGGUCAUUUUGGGUUUAUUUGGAACCAUCCAGUUUAGGCCUCGAUAUAUAGUUGUGUACACGGUGUGGACUGCCCUGUGGGUCACCUGGAAUGUUUUCAUUAUCUGCUUCUAUUUGGAAGUAGGCGGACUCUCUAAGGAAACUGAUCUCAUGACCUUUAACAUCUCAAUGCACCGUUCCUGGUGGCGGGAGCAUGGGCCUGGCUGCAUACGAAGGGUGGUGCGUCCUUCUGCUCCUGGCAUCCUAGAUGAUUACUCCUACGUCUCUGUGACAGGCUGCAUAAUUGAUUUCCAGUACUUAGAGGUCAUUCACAGCGCUAUCCAAAUACUCCUCUCUCUGAUUGGAUUUGUGUAUGCCUGUUACGUGAUCAGUAUUUUCAUGGAGGAAGAGGACAGCUGUCGAACUAAAUAAUGAACAUUCACUCAAGACUUCUGCUGUUGUAGCUGAAGAAACAGAUGUUAGAAGAAAAGACCAACCUUGUGACUCAUCAUUCUGGAAGGAUCCGAUUCACGCGGCAUGUGGAUUGUUCUUCCCACAGGCUCAGUGUCAUUAUCAACGUUGUUAUUUGGUAGAUCUUUGUAGAUGAUCUUGAAUUUUUGAAUGAUUUACUUAUAUGGACACUUGUAAAUUGUAAAUUUUUUCUUUUUUAAUUUUAAUAUUUUUACAACAUUUAAUGUUAAGGCAUGAAAACAAAACCUGUGAAAACUGUGAGAAGGAUGCGUCUUUCUCAAGGAAGUCAGUAUUUUUUAACUGAUAGAAUCAUACUGUGCCUGGUAAAUAUUGUGUCAAUAAACAGUGAUUUUGACUCCAAACGAUACAGCAGGAGUUAAACCCUAAUGGUGCAAAAGAGCUCAUUUCAGUGCUGUAUUUUAAAAUUCACAGUGUCCACUCCUUGGAUUUUUUGAACUGCUGUAUGCAGUGGGAAUAGAUCUAUGACUCUGCUUGACCAGAUGUUCCAGCACUAACGUACUCAUCUAAUUAUUGCAAUUCAUAUAUGGCUCCUUCUCCCUCCCUAAUCUCUUUUGCUCUGAGCCCAUCAACAAUAGCUGUCUCUGAUUUAAAGAGAAGUAGAAUGACCACACAAUCUGUGGACAUCAGUCACUAGAAACCCUUAAUUCCAGGGUUCCUUAGGUAUCUGUGAUUUGCACAUUUUUGAACUCUUUUCCUCCCUUCUCCCAGGAAGAAGCCAAACAUGAAUGUACACUAUAAGGCACCACCUGCAGCCUUAGAAGCCUCUGGGAAAUAAUGUUGUUCCUUAUUUAAAAGUAAACAAGCAAAUCUGAAUAUGUGUACAAAAAUUUGUAAAGUUAUUUGUAAAUACUUCUAGACAAAGAACAUGUAUGUAACUGUCGUAUUUUGUUUUCUAUUCUGUCACCACUAGCAUAAAGCGAUACACAAAAGCUACUUUCUUUGGGGAACUGGCAGUCUUUUUACCAGAACUCUGUGUUUCUUUC